CUUAUUUUAACCUGCUGACCAUUCUUUUUUUCUCUUUCACCUUGCCUUCUUGACAUACACGCGAGUUCACCACCACCAUCCAUCACGAAUACUACCACCUCCUUACCUCGUUUUCGUUCCUCAUUACCCCCGCCUCAUUCUUCGUCGUUUGGUAGCGUGCCGGUAUCCUCUGCGAGGGGAUUCGGAUAAGUUAGUCGGUGUCAUGAGCCUUGAAGCGAAGGUUGUUGUUUUGGGAACUCAAGGUGUCGGGAAGACUUCUUUGGUGGUUAGAUAUGUCAAGAAUACUUUCGAUCCGGCUUCGGAAUCGACGAUUGGUGCUUCGUUCUUAGCGAAGAAGGUUGUUGUUGAUGAUUGCCUUGUAAGGCUUCAGGUAUGGUUUUCAAUGGACACCGCCGGUCAGGAGCGCUACCGCUCCAUUUCGAAGCUCUACUAUCGUUCCGCGAACUGUGGGAUUCUUUGCUACGACAUCACUUCGGAAGCUUCGUUCCUGGCGAUGCAUUCAUGGCUUGUCGAACUCAAGAAGAAUGUAAACAACCAAAACAUAAUCAUCCAUAUCGUUGGGACUAAAGCGGACCUUGUCAAUGCGGACCCUUCGAAACGUGAGGUUUCCUUCGAUAGGUGCGUAGCCUACGCCGCCGAGCAUCUGGGUGAUAGUGAGGAUGCGUCGUGGCUGGGAAUGGAUACCUGCCAUGAGAUCUCUGCGAGGGAUGAUCAAGGAAUCGAUGAGGUGUUUCAGGUAAUUGCGCGCAAGCUCGUUGAGCGCCGUGCUGAGAUUGAUCAUGAGAGGAUAUACGGACCCGGGUAUGCCGGUGAAUUCGGGGGCAGAAGGGGUGGAGUGGAUGCCGUGGGUGAACGUGGUGGGGAGAAGAAGAAGGGCGGUAUAUGUUGUUAGGGAAUCGGAUGGAGGCACUUGGAUGGAGUUCCAUAUUGCUAUGCUGGGUAAUCUCGGUUGUUUCUCUUUCCUUCGUUUUUUCCUUCGCCAUCAUCUGGGGGACUUGCUCUUCUCUCUUCCACUAUAGUUUUCGCCUGUCAGCUGGUCAGUCCCUAUGCUUGGUUCCCGGACUCACUGGUGGCUUGAUGCAUUUCUCUCUUUCCUCCCUUCGCGACCUUUUCCGGGGGAGGGAGGAGGGGUGGAUGUUGCGGGGAAAGGAAAGGGAUUCUUGGAACUUUGGGGGCGUCACGAUGAUAUCUAUUUAUCCAUUUGCAUUGAGAUGCGGGCGUAUCAUAUAGUAUAGCGCAGUAGAGCACAGUCCAUCGUAGUUAUUUUUUCUUGCUUCUCCUUAAAUUAUCUACGGAUUUUCCUUUUUUUCCUUUUUCCCUUUCUUGAAACAACCCCGCGUCAUACGGAGGGUCCCCUCCCACUCAUCUCAUCGCUCCCCUCCUCCUGUCUUUAGAAUUAACUCUCAAGAUGGUCAUCUCUA